UGGGAGAGUGCGGUUGUGCGGAGUGGCAUCUUCAAGCCUGGAACCCCAACUCCGCGGAGGCUCCCCGAUUCCCAACACACAAAAACCCUCGCUUUUCCCAUCCACCCGCACCUACGCCGGCGCCGCCUCUCGGCCGCCGGAUACGAUGGCCUCUGCCCCCGAGGACAAGCUCGCCGACCUCCCCAGCGCCGAGCUCGUGGCCUACCUCUCCAAUUCCUACCUCAAAGCCGAUUUCGAGGCGGUUGCGCGCAUCCUCGUCGCGCGGGACAGCAGGAACGCCAAGCUCGGUGCGGAACUGACCGCCGCGCUCGCCGAUCUCGACGCACUGGCCGCGCGCGGGAGGGAGGCCACCGAGGUCAAGGCCAAACUGGAGGCCGCGCGCACGGGGAUCGACGCCCUGCGGGAGAAGUACAGGGCGCUCCUGGACGCCUUCCUCCCGCCGCGGAACGAGGUCGACGAGAUGGCGCUCACCAUGGUCGAGGCCGCCGUCUCGGACACGGUGCAUCGGGACUACUCCCGCGUUGAUGAUGAGGAGGCGGAGGAAGGCGAGGUGAAAGGCAUCGACUUUAUUGACCUCUCCAGCGAUGAGGAGGAAGGGGAGAUGGCCGAGGGGGGCUCCGAGGAGGAAGAUGAGGAAGACACCGAAUCGCUGAGCCAACGCAUCAAGCGAAUACGGGGAGAUAGGCCCGGGGAGUUGGAAUCAGGGAAGCUUGAUGCGCGGGGGCAGAGCAAUUCGGUCGGUACAUUGGGGAAUGAUCAGCAGAAAUCUUCGUCUGCAAGGAUAGAGGGGCUGGUGGCAACAUCUGGGAAGAUGGCCAGUAAGCCUGAGGAUUCGAAGGUGGAAGCUUUCGUGCAGGAGAGCCCAGUUGUGAAAACAGAGAAUUUUGAUCAGGGAAUGACCAAGACAAUGCUGCUUCCUUCCCAAGGGCCUCUUGCCAGCAGCGCUAUACAAGAGGGUUCUUCCAAGAUUGACUAUUGUAAAGCUGGAAUUGGCGGCAAAGGACGAUCAUCUGAUGGUGCUCCAGCAAGGGGAGUUAGUCAGCCAUCGAAGGGGAUUGCGGAAACGAACAAGACACCAGCGGCUCAAUCAUCAGCCAAAUGUGGGAAGAAGGAAGUUGGGGCUGAGAAAUGUGCAUCUCUGUCUAUACCAAGUGAGGAACCGAGGAUAACAAGGGAUGUAGUUCCAUUUGAACCUUGCAAGGAAAGCAAUGCCUAUGUCCAGGUGAAAAGGGAGAUGAGCUCCUUGCCUUCAGAAAUCACAAGUAAAUGGGACUGUGAAGCACCCGUGAUUGACUCAUUGUUCGACGAGGAGAUCUGUAUGCAAGGUUUCUGUGCUCUUUACCGCCAAGGAAAAUUAGCAACUGCUGAUAAACGAGAUGAAUUCAGGGCAAAUAAGUUGGCGGAAUUUCUUUUGGGUGGUGAUCUCCAAGGACCGAUGAAAAGAACUGUUGAGGAACUAAAGAAUCAAGAUGCUACAAAUGUGUAUUUUCUUCAGAAACUUACACUGGAUUGCUCUGAGCAGGUGUAUGGUAUCUUCAGGAACAAAGAAGAUCCAUACUUCUUUUGACAACAAGGAAACAUUAUGCAGAGGAGAUGCAGAUGCCACAACUCUUUAUAUAGAAGGUUAUAUUUUGGUGUGAUGUACAGGUGGCACCGAAAACCAAGCAGUAUUGACCAUCAAUUAGCCGCCCACUAGGUCCUCCUAGUCCUGAAAACAUGUUUCGAACGUACGAUGGAGCAUUGACAUGGUGCCUCUCAUGCUGAAGAAGCAUCUGAAGCGCAACUACUUUUUUUUUUGUUAUGCUAAGACUGGAAAUGUCGGUGCCUCGUAGUAUCUUCUGCAUGAAUGCAUGAUGUAGUCUGCCUCCCUUGCACAGUGCCUCUUAAGAAUCCUUUAAGUUGUGAAUGUUGGUAACUGAUGUUCAUAUGGUUGUUUCUGUGCAAUGCAGAGAGUACGGCUGCUUACUCAAAA